UUCUCUCUCUAAAAAAAAAACCAAAAACAAAAAAAAAAAAACAAUUAAAGAAAAGGAAAAGGAAAAAAAAAACACUCACUCACACUUGCAGUUGCCGGGAGUUUCCCCAGCGAUCUUCCCGGCUAAAGGUUUUGGUGUUUGAGUUUGUGUUGCAGAUUGUCUGAGCUUGAUCGUGAUCAAUGGUGUAAAUGAGCGAAACGGCGUAGUAAGGAGCGGUGUUUGUUCGUGAAAGUAGGGGUUCGGGUUUCGAGUGGAGAUCACCGGAGUCUCCGUGGAACUGGCUAACUGCAAAAAAUGCACAAAAGCUUUUGGAUUACCAGAGAUGCCGGGUGUUUAAAUGAUGGAGAUGUGGGUUUUGAUAAUUCCUCGAGAAUGGAAGCAAAGCAUAGUCAUCAGUGGUUUAUGGAUAGCCCUGGACCUGAAUUGUUCAGCAACAAGAAACAAGCAGUCGAACAUUCUAGCAACAACAGGCCAGUUGCGGGAAUGUCACACAUGAACAUUUCUCCAUGGAAUAAUACUUCCAGCUUCCAGUCAGUUUCAGGACAUUUCAGUGACCGUCUGUUUGGGUCUGAACCAUUGCGGCCUAACAAUGGUAGCAAUUUUCUUUCUUCUGGCAAUGGAAAUAUGAACAUGGGAAGAAAGGAUUUCAUAUAUGGCAGCAAUUGCUCUAUGGGUUUGUCUAUGACUCAUAACAUUGAAGAUCCGUCUGCAUCCAUUAGUUUUGGUGGCAUCAGAAAAGUAAAAGUCAAUCAAGUUAGAGACUCGAACAUUUCUUCAUCAGUGGGGCACUCAUAUGCUAGAGGAGAUGACAAUAUAAUUUCAAUGGGUCCUGCCUAUAAUAAGAGAGAAAGCAACACCAUCUCUUUAGGCUCUACUUAUAAUAACGGGGAUGAGAAUACCAUCUCAAUCAGCCCCACAUUCAGUAAGGCAGAUGGCAAUUUCAUUUCAAUACGUCAUGCAUUUAGUAAGGAUGAUGGAAAUUUCAUAUCAAUGGGCCACAAUUAUAACAAAGGAGAUGAGAGUAUGUUAUCAAUGGGCCAGCCCUUUGACAAGGAGGAUGCCAAUUUUAUAACAAUUGGUCCAUCUUAUGACAAGGAAAAUAACCAUUUCAUAUCAAUGGCUCCCUCCUACAAUAAGGGACAUGACAAUUUCAUUUCAAUGGGACCCUCCUAUGAUAAAACAAGUGAAAACUUCAUUUUGAUGGGUUCCUCAUUUAGCAAGGGAGGAGAUAAUAUCAUAUCAAAUGGUCCAGCAUAUGACAAGGCAGAUUCUGACAUUACAUCCAUGGCACCUGCCCAGGACAAAGGGAAUUCUGGUAUUCUAUCUAUGGGUCACAACUACAACAAGGGUGAUAACAAUGCCAUUUCUUUUGGAGGCUUUCAUGAUGAACCUGAGACCAAUUCCUCUGGCAAUAUUAUUACUGGCUAUGAGUUGCUAGUGAGCAAUCAGGACACAGCUCAAACUUCAGAAGUAUUGUCUCAGAACGUUUUGCCCCAGGCAAAUGCAGAUCCACAGUUGAAUACUGAUAGUGCUCCGAAGAUCAUUGCUGAUCCACAGCUAAAUAGUGCUCUGGAGGCUAAUUCCAAAACUGAUACUGACAUCAAGGGUAAAGAGCCAAAGGCAUCAAUCAAUGCAGCCCCCAAGAAUAAAGAGCCAAAGACACCAAUUGAUUCUGCCUCUAAGAAUAAAGAGCUGAAGACAUCGAAGAAGGUCCCUGCUAACAACUUCCCUUCAAAUGUCAAGAGCUUGCUAUCUACUGGCUUGCUUGAUGGGGUCCCUGUUAAAUAUGUUUCCUGGUCAAGGGAGAAAACUCUUGAAGGAAUCAUAAAAGGGACUGGGUAUUUAUGUGGUUGCAAAGAAUGCGGCUCUAACAAGGCUCUGAAUGCAUAUGAAUUUGAGCGUCAUGCUAACUGCAAGACCAAGCAUCCCAAUAACCAUAUUUUCUUUGAGAAUGGGAAGACUAUCUAUGCAGUAGUUCAAGAGCUGAAGAACACUCCUCAGGGGGUGCUGUUUAAUGCAAUCCAAACUGUUACCGGGUCUCAUAUUAAUCAGAAGAAUUUCCGUAUCUGGAAAGCAUCAUAUCAAGCUGCCACCCGUGAACUUCAGCGCAUCUAUGGAAAGGAUGAAGUCACUGUGCCAUCUUGAGAUGAAGACCCUGCUUUUAGAACAAGUGAGGUGGCAUGUGUUCUGUGCAUAGAAGCAUAUUUCUCUGGUAAUUUAUAGACUUGUUUUGGGAUUUCUAUUAAUUUUGAGAGGACUGUUUAUUUAACUUUUUUUUAUCCUUUCAAAAUAGAAUUUAAGUUUUUGGACU